GUCGGCAAGAGGAACGGCUGUAGACUGGGACAACCUGGACCUGGUCUGCUAUCUACUCGACAAUCAUUCAUUCAUGUCUGUGCGUGUGAAUGGUUAAUGGGCCUGACUGGAAGAUGGAGCACGUCUCUGUCCCACCAUUGUCCCGUAUUGCCGUUUGUGGCGGCACCCACGGAAAUGAGAUGUCAGGCGUGUAUAUGGUGAGGGAAAUGCAGAAACAGAAGGUGGAUAUUGCUGGAUCUGUUUCUGUAACCACCUGCCUAUCAAAUCCAGCAGCUGUCGAUGCUUGCAGAAGAUACAUAGAAACAGAUCUCAACCGCUGUUUCACAAAUGCCUUACUGAGUGGCCCCAUAACAGACUCCACAUCCCUUGAGUUGAGAAGAGCCCACGAGCUGAAUGCUCUCCUUGGGCCUAAAGGAAGCUCAGAGGCUAUGGAUCUGGUCUGCGAUAUUCACAACACCACUGCCAACAUGGGCCUGUGCCUCAUCUUUUACUCCUUAGACUGGAUCACCCUGCACAUUUUUAAAUAUAUACAGAGCAAGAUGACGUCUGCCCCCGUGAGAGCAAUCCAGCUGGAUAUACCAAUUUCUGAGGCUUACUCCCUAGAAUCAGUGGGCAAACAUGGCUUUGCGAUUGAAGUCGGCCCUCAACCCCACGGAGUGCUCAGAGCUGAUAUCUAUAACGUUGUGAAGGAAGCGGUGGACCUCACACUAGAGUGGCUUCAAAAAUUACAUUCUGGAACCACUUUUGAAGGCGGUAAGGUGGAAGCAUUCAGUUUGGUGAGGAGCAUUGACUACCCGAGGGAUCCUACGACCAGUGAAAUUACUGCUGCCAUACAUCCAGACCUACAGGAUAAUGACUUCGAGCUUCUCCAGCCGGGCGACCCCAUAUUCAAGUCAUUUUCUGGUGAGACGGUGAAACACGAGGGUGAAGAACUCUACCCUUUCUUUGUGAAUGAGUGCGCCUACUAUGAGAAGAAGAUUGCUUUCCAUUUAGCUCAGAAGAAAACUCUGACCAUUCCAUCCAUCAGUGUGAAGAAGGACUGAAAGUACAGAGAUGGAAUCAGACCAAGAUGUACUGGAGAGACUUUAUAUUAUAAGUACAGAAAUGAUUUGUAUGCUGCUCCAUGUAUAAACACACUUUAAAUGACAAUGAAUCACAUUAUUAUUAUAUUAUUCUCAGGAGAAAACACACAGCACUAUGCAAUGAUGAUAAAAUGUUCUACAUGUGCUGGGCAUGAUAACAUGAUUACCUCGUUAUACUGUGUACCACCUCACUAUAUGUUUGAAGCCUCCUCUGUGAGAGCUCAUAGUGAAAUGAUGAUGUUGUACUUUACUUAAUAAUAUUGCACAGUUGGUGGAGUUAUAAUCCUUCUCUUCCUGACUGUAUAUUAAGUGGAAACAAUUACCCUAAGGACGCUGAUCUUUUUGCACUGUAUCAAUGGUGCAAAACAAUGAUGAAUGAAAACAUGGUUCACUUUGAGUGUUUUGACCUGAAUUGGAUCUUUUUUAAGGUCAAAAGAUUGCAAACAGUUGCCAACAGAUUUGUGAUUGUAUGCUUAUGUAGGACAGAGGGGAAAAAACAAUUGAAAGACUUAAGGUCUGGUAUAGGAAUGAAAUUCACAACAUAAUUGCUUCUCAUUGUCUUCAUCCAGGUGGAUAAAUUAAACAGUUUUAAUAACUUAAAACAUGUCCAGAGGGUAUUGUUGACAAAGAGUAUUAAAAUAACCAUAUGAUUGAUAUGAUACAAUCAAUAAUGAAGUUUAUUAAAAGGUUUUAUGAUUAAA